GUAUUGCUGCAGUUGGGUUGGCUUGUGACAUACCCAGUACGGUUUAUCUAUGCCACCUUCCUGAGGCUGUUCAAGAAUCCCCAUCCUGCGAUUACUCUGAAGGAUCCUGAACUGAAGUAUGCGUUGAGGCUGAUUGAUAAGGAGGAAGUUAGUCAUGACACAAGAAGAUUUCGAUUUGCUCUCCCUUCCAUAGAUCACAUUCUGGGUCUGCCUGUAGGACAGCAUAUCUACCUGUCUGCACGGAUUGAUGGAGCUCUGGUUGUCAGACCUUACACUCCAGUUUCCAGUGAUCGUGACAAGGGCUUUGUGGACCUUGUUGUCAAGAUCUACUUUAGAAGUGUCCAUCCGAAGUUUCCUGAUGGAGGGAAGAUGUCUCAAUACUUAGACAGCCUGAAAAUAGGGGAUACUAUUGACUUCAGAGGACCAAGUGGCCUACUUGUCUACAAAGGAAAAGGCGAGUUUGCUAUUCGGCCUGAAAAGAAAGCUGAACCGGUUACUAAGAAAGUGAAAUAUGUGGGGAUGAUUGCAGGUGGGACUGGGAUAACACCUAUGCUGCAGAUCAUUAAAGCAAUCAUAAAUGACAAAGAUGACCCUACCAUUUGUCAGCUGCUGUUUGCUAAUCAGACGGAGAAGGAUAUCCUGUUACGUUCUGACCUAGAGGAGAUCCAGAUUCAGAAUCCUGGUCGCUUUAAGUGUUGGUACACACUGGACAGAGCACCUGAAAAUUGGGACUACAGCCAAGGAUUUGUGAACCAAGAGAUGAUCAGAGACCACCUGCCCCCACCUCAAAACGAUGUUCUGAUCCUCAUGUGUGGACCUCCUCCGAUGAUCCAGUAUGCUUGCAUUCCCAAUCUGGACAAACUGGGCUACACCAAGGACAUGAGGUUCUCCUUCUAAAGAAGACUGAUAAUUCACUGAUCUUGUGUAGAAGGGAAGAAAAAACAUUUAAUGGGGAACAGGACAAAGCUACAGACAUGGCUGAUGCACAGUGCUGGGAAGCUACAUUUACAUUAAAAAAUGCUUCAUUUUUUCUGAAUCUCUGGCAAGUAAGACACUUAAGCUCAACUGUACUAAAACUGUACUGUAUGUUGCACAGAAACAACUGUAUUGUGGAAUGGUAGUCAUGCCUAGUGCUUGGCUAUAUUGUAUACUGUCUCAAGGGAGGACAGUAUAGCUGCUUAGGGCAGUAAACACUCAUUUACACUUUUUCUUAGCACUGUAAUCAAAUGGCAGUAAUAUCCUACUUCCUAGCACUGUGCAUACCCAGUAUUUCAUGGUAUGAAGUAUGAAAAUAUAUGGAAUUUGCUGGAUUAUUCAUGUUGCUUACGCCAAAUUUUAAUACUUACAGAGCUUUUACAGUAUGAGGGCCAGGAGUGUUUGCCUUGUAUGCAUAAUCUUUGCAACAUCAGAAGCUUAAAGAAGAUGCUUGUUCAGUUGAAGGGUGACAGUUAACCAUUUAUGACUGAAGUUGUUCAAGCUGCCUUGUUAAUCAAAACAGAGAGGUAGACAGCAGCACAAAAUUUGUUUGCUUUGUAUUUGGGCAUAGCCUCUCAAAUGCAAACACUUUUCCAGCUGGUCACAGUUUUCAUCCCUGGGCAAUGAAAGAAGCUACAGAAAGCAAGCAGCUUUGUGCACUGUUCCACAAAUAGCUGGAAUUUUUUGCUUGUAUGUGUGUGGAAUACUGAAAAAAAAAAA